AUGGCCAGGGAGAGGGAAGGGGAAGCUCUCCGGGACGCGCGCGAAAGGGCUCUGCACUCUCCCGGGCAGAGGCAGGUAGGACGGGCACCGGUGUUACCCCUGGUGCUUCCCCUCCAGUCCCGCAUCUGCCUGGCACAGGGGCUCUGGCAUUUCUCUUGGCUACUGGUGCUGGCCCGAGUGCCGAUAGUGGGCAUCUCUAGUCCACUGUGUCACCUUGGCUCCUUCUUGGCUCCCUCCUGUGCCUUCACUACCCUGCUUCAGGUUGCCCUGGCAGCCAGUGCAGUGACUCUGGGCACAGGACUGGUGGAUGUGGGAGCCAGCAGGGCCAGUCUGGAUGCAGCUCAGUACCCUCCCUGGUGAGGAUCUGGACCAUCACUGGUGGUUGGCACUGCUGGGGGCAGAGGGCUCCUGGUCUCGUCCACGCUGGGGCUAGUCCUGGUUUUACCUGGAAGUCUGGACUCUGGCCUAAAGGAAGGCCUGGACACAGCCUUGGCUCACUACAAGGAAGAGAUGCCGGGACACUGUCAUGCCGAACGGCUGUUGGAUGAGCUGCAGCUGUGGCACCAGUGCUAUGAGGCCCAGGGGUACAAGGAUUGGUUUGGGGUCCAGUGGGUCAGCAGCCAGCACCUGGAUCCCAAUGACCAGGAUGUGGUGGACCAGAUGCAGAGCAACUUGGAAGGCCUCGAUGAUCUGAUGGAUGGGGUUCCUUUCUCCUGCUGCAACCCCCAUUCGCCCUGCCCUUGCCUGCAGAACCAGCUGUCAGACCCCCAUGCCCACCCCCUCCUUGAUCCCCAACGGCCUACCCUAAAUCUCUGGGCUCAAGGGUGCCACUGGCUGCUGCAAAGGCACCUGCAGGGGUUGGCAAGCAUGCCUGGCAGCAUGCUGGCUGCCACCUUCCUGCUUCAGUCCCCAGUGCUCCUGGGCCUGUGCUACCGCCAUACAGCACUGGAGGGGCUUGGGGAGUCGUCGAUGGGGAGGAAGAGGCCCAGGCAUGCUGAGGGCAGCAUGGCUGCCGGGAGGGGCUGCCCACAGGUCAGCACUGAGGGAGACAUGCUGACGGGAAGAGGCACCUCCUGA